AAAUUGCAAUUACUGGGAAACAGAAACGUGGUCACUGACAGACUCAUAUAACCUUGCUUUGCCUGUCUCCAAUGGCAAUUCUUGGUUCAGGCAGCUGCACACUAUUAAGGCUGACACCUAGCAAUCAUGAUAAACGAAGAAUCGCCACUUUUGCCACUCAAUCUCCUCCUAGAAAUGACAGUGCAGUUAACUGGGUUGAAGCAACUGGUGGCUUCUUCGAGAAAGACUCACGACCAAUCAUGUUAUUUGAUGGUGUGUGUAACCUCUGUAAUGGAGGUGUAAGGUUUGUGCGAGAUAAUGACCGAAAUAGGAGAAUCAGGUAUGAGGCUCUCCAGAGUGAGGCAGGGAGAAAACUGUUGAGGAGGUCCGGAAGAGCUCCUGAUGAUAUUUCAAGUGUUGUACUAGUUGAGAGAGAUAGAUCACAUAUCAAGUCGGAAGCUGUGUUGAAGAUAAUGGAAUACAUAGACUUACCUUUUCCCCAGCUAGCAUUUUUCCUACAGAUUGUGCCUCUGUUCUUGAGGGAUUUUGUAUAUGACAAUGUUGCAAAUAAUCGCUACACAAUUUUUGGGCGCUCAGAAUCAUGCGAGAUAUAUUAUGACUGAAUCGUUCAAUCAUCAUGUUCAUGUGUGUAUGUAUAUUGGAUGGAUGGUCCACAAGAGCAGAGAUCUCUCAAGUGUGGUUUAUGUUUAAUCGCUACUGUGGUUUAAGAAGUUGUGACAAUGUAUAUCAGUUCUCGGGAUUUGUAUUUGUAAACCUUGAUUAUGUAUAACUAUUUACUUGUCCUUGCA